AUGGCCACACCAAAAAAGAUAAUUUUUUUUUUUUUUUUAAUCUCAAUUGUUCACCUUCUCCAACACCGUAUAAACUUGAAUUAUAUCAAGAUCCUAUCAUUUCAGUUUUUUAUUUUUAAAAUAUUAAUAGAAUAUCCUGAAAAAGAAGAUUCUCUUUCAAUUUUAAAAGAUUUCGUUAAUAUUUCAUCCGAAUUCCCAAUUUUGAAAUUAGAUUAUAUAACACUUUUCACCGGAGAAAAUACCUAA